CGAGAUGAAUGCAUUGGCUUUGUACAGUCCAGUGCCCGGAAUGACUGUGAUAAUGGACAUCUUAUAUUUUCUCUGGAUACUGCCAACUGUGUGGGCUGUCGAAGAAGUACUAAUGGAUUCAACAACCGCUACAGCAGAACUGGGCUGGACCAUCUACCCAUCACAGGGGUGGGAAGAAGUUAGCGGCUAUGAUGAAAACAUGAACACCAUCCGGACAUACCAGGUGUGCAAUGUCUUCGAUAGCAGCCAGAACAACUGGGUACGGACCAAAUACAUCCGCCGCCGUGGUGCUCAGCGCAUCCAUGUCCAGAUGAAGUUCUCAGUGCGUGACUGCAGUUCCAUUCCCAAUGUCCCUGGCUCCUGCAAGGAGACCUUCAACUUGUAUUAUUAUGAGUCUGACUCUGACACAGCCACUAAAUCAUCUCCACCCUGGAUGGAGAACCCCUGGGUAAAAGUGGACACUAUAGCAGCUGAUGAGAGCUUCUCUCAAGUUGAUCUUGGUGGCCGCAUCAUGAAGAUCAACAGUGAAGUCAGAAGUUUUGGACCCGUUUCUCGCAAUGGCUUCUACCUUGCUUUCCAGGAUUAUGGUGCCUGCAUGUCACUCAUUGCUGUUAGAGUUUUCUAUAGGAAAUGCCCCAGUGUGAUCCAGAAUGGUGCCGUCUUUCCUGAGACUCUGUCUGGAGCAGAGAGCACCUCUCUAGUGGCAGCCAGAGGGGUGUGUGUUCCCAAUGGGGAGGAAGUGGAUGUACCCAUUAAGCUGUACUGUAACGGGGAUGGCGAGUGGAUGGUACCCAUUGGGCGCUGCAUGUGCAAAGCCGGGUAUGAGGCGAUGAUCCAGCAGUGCUUGGAGACUUGUGUAUCAGGUUUCUUCAAGACUGCACAGGGAGACCACAAAUGCCUGCAGUGCCCCAUCAACAGUCGAACCACCAGUGAGGGAGCAACUAACUGUGUCUGUCGAAAUGGCUACUACCGCACUGACUCCGACCCUCCACAGAUGCCUUGUACAACUGUUCCAUCAGCUCCACAAAAUGUCAUCUCCAUUGUGAAUGAGACCUCUUUGAGGCUGGAGUGGAGCCCACCACAGGAAGGUGGUGGCCGAGAAGAUGUUGUCUACAACAUAAUAUGUAAGAGCUGUGGCAGUGGACGGGGUGGCUGCACCCGCUGUGGAGACAAUGUGCAGUUUGUCCCACGACAGCUGGGACUGACUGACACCCGUGUCCAAAUCAGUGACCUACUGGCUCACACCCAGUACACCUUUGAAAUACAAGCUGUCAACGGAGUGUCUGACCAGAGUCCUUAUUCACCACAGUACACAUCUGUCAACAUCACCACAAACCAGGCUGCACCAUCAGCAGUGUCCAUCAUCCACCAGGUGAGCAGAAGCCCUCACAGCAUCACUCUGUCCUGGUCCCAGCCUGAUCAGCCCAAUGGAGUGAUUCUGGACUAUGAACUCCAGUACUAUGAGAAGAACCAGGCAGAGUGGAACUCGUCUCUAACAAGGAGUCAGACCAACACCGCAGUCAUACACGGCUUGAGGCCUGGCACUAUCUAUGUCUUCCAGGUUCGGGCCCGGACUGUCGCUGGGUUUGGACGCUUUAGUGGCAAAAUGUACUUCCAAACCAUGACUGAAGGUGAAUACAACUCCAGUAUCCAAGAGAAGCUUCCCCUCAUCAUCGGCUCCACUGCAGCAGGAGUAGUCUUCUUCAUCAUCGCCAUCACUGUCCUUAUAAUUGUUUGCCGCAGGAGAAGUUCUGACAGAACAGAAUCAGAGUACACAGACAAACUCCAACAUUACACCAGUGGUCACAUGUCACCAGGAAUGAAGAUCUACAUUGACCCCUUCACGUAUGAAGACCCUAAUGAAGCAGUCAGAGAGUUUGCCAAGGAGAUUGAUAUUUCCUGUGUCAAGAUUGAACAAGUUAUUGGUGCAGGUGAGUUUGGGGAAGUGUGCAGUGGAAACCUCCGGCUGCCUGGGAAGAGAGAGAUCCUGGUGGCAAUUAAGACGCUAAAGGCAGGCUACACAGAACGCCAGAGGCGGGACUUCUUGAGUGAAGCAUCCAUCAUGGGUCAGUUUGACCACCCCAACAUCAUCCAUCUGGAGGGGGUGGUGACUAAGAGCAGCCCCGUGAUGAUCAUCACUGAGUUCAUGGAGAAUGGAUCCCUCGACUCCUUCCUCAGGCAAAAUGAUGGGCAGUUCACAGUGAUCCAGCUGGUGGGAAUGCUGCGUGGCAUAGCAGCAGGGAUGAAGUACCUAUGUGACAUGAACUAUGUCCAUCGAGACCUGGCAGCUAGAAACAUCCUCGUCAACAGCAACCUGGUGUGCAAAGUGUCUGACUUUGGCCUGUCACGCUUCCUUGAGGAUGAUACUUCAGACCCCACCUACACCAGUGCUCUGGGAGGGAAGAUUCCCAUUCGGUGGACGGCUCCAGAGGCCAUUCAGUACAGGAAGUUCACCUCCUCCAGUGAUUGCUGGAGCUAUGGCAUAGUCAUGUGGGAGGUGAUGUCAUAUGGAGAGAGGCCCUAUUGGGACAUGAGCAAUCAAGAUGUAAUCAAUGCCAUAGAGCAGGACUACAGGUUGCCACCACCCAUGGAUUGUCCCAGUGCACUGCAUCAGCUGAUGCUGGACUGCUGGCAGAAAGACCGCAACAACCGGCCCAAAUUCAGCCAGACUGUCAGCACCCUGGACAAGAUGAUACGCAACCCCAACAGCCUCAAGGCCAUGACACCACUGUCAUCAAGUGUUCACUUACCUCUGCUUGAUCGCACCACUCCAGACUUCUCCUCUUUCAGCACAGUGGAUGAGUGGCUGGAAGCCAUUAAGAUGGGCCAGUACAAGGAAAACUUUGCCAAUGAAGGCUUCACCAGCUUUGAUGUGGUUUCUCAAAUGACCAUGGAGGACAUCCUCAGAGUGGGAGUGACGCUGGCCGGUCACCAGAAGAAAAUCCUUAACAGCAUCCAGUCCAUGAGGGCCCAGAUGAACCAGAUCACUUCAGUGGAGGUGUGAACUCACA